UAUUUCUGGGUUCACAUUAUUUGUCUUUGAUACAAAUGUCAAACGAACAUUAGUUUCUAGCCGCAGAAUAAUAACAUCGCUGUAACUUCAAUUCAGUGUACAUAUUUUUGUAGUGUUGUGUGUUCUUGUGCUUUCAGUCAGUCGAUAGUUGCUUGAAACAGCUGUCAAACAAACAUUUGUUUCCAGCUUCAGAAUAAUGACAUCUCUGUAACUUGUAUUUUUUUUUAACCGAUGUUAUUUCUUUACUUAAGCCGUAUGCAAAUUGCAUUGAAAUUUGGGUUAAAAUGUUGACCUUGGUUAAAAUUUUAUCUUGCUCUACAGCAGAAUAAAUUUUAACCAACUUUAUGCACCACACAAGUGACAAAAUUUAACCAAAAAAAUUUUAACGCAAUUUGCACACCGCCUCAAACUUCAAAACAAUUUUAUGAAACAAAUGCAGCAUAAAUAUCUGUUUCUAGCUUCAGAACAAUAACAUUGCUGUAACUUUAAAUCAGUACACCUAAAUAUUACAAAAUUAAAACUUAAAUAAAUCACAAAACGACAAAUAUUUCUCUUUAUUAAUUUAACUGAACUACAACACAACAAUAUAGUUUCCAUCACAAAUGACAUUUGGCGGAAACGCCAUAUAGAUGACACCCAGAACAUCAUUAAUAAUAUAUGACAGAUCGCGAUAACCUUGUUUGAGUUUCUAUUAAAAAGUUAAAAAAUUAAGCUAAAAUGGAAAAGAAAAAUUCAAAGUUAAAUAUACAUUGGUGGAAAAAAAUAAAAGCCAAUGGAAACGAAAGAAAAAAAAGAAGAGAACUCAUAAAUAAUAUGGUUUCGAAUAAUUUCCGUGAAAUUCCUCGACGAAAACCCAUGAAACCAUCUGAAUCGGUUCAAGUGACCAGUGUUCUUGUGAGUAGUGCGCCUGAAAAUGUUGAAAAAAACACCCAAAAUGAACUGCAAGAAUGUUCCGAAAGUGAUAACCAAAACCAAAAUUGGAACACCGAAAUGGACGAAUCCAACUUUUCCGAGUUGAAUACGGAAAUAGACUUAGAAGAAAAGAGGUCAACAAUAAUUGAAGACCUAAGAGAGUGGAGUGGCCAAUUUUGUAUAAAGCAUAAUGCUUUAAAUGGUCUUCUUGCAUUGCUAAACAAGAAUGUGCCAGAGUUUGCCUUGCCAAAGGAUUCAAGAACGGUGAUGGCUACACCAAGGAACAAAUGCGAAAUCAAUGAAGAUGGAUUUGGUGGAUCCUAUUGGCAUUAUGGCCUUGAAAAUGCGCUCACAAAUUGUUUAGCAAACGUGCAAGAAGACACAACCGUAAAAAUAAACAUUAACGUCGACGGAUUACCUCUUUUCAAGAGUUCAAGGUUUGAGUUCUGGCCAAUACUUGUGAGUAUUCACAAACAAAUAGAUAUUGCGCCCAUGGUUGUCGGAAUCUACUAUGGAAAGGGUAAACCCAAGGAUGUUAAUUGGUUUAUGAAACCCUUUGUUGAUGAAUUUUUGUCCAUCAAUGAAAAAAAUGGCAUACAUAUAAAUGGACAAAAAGUUGUACCCCAGAUUCGCAGUUUUAUAUGCGAUACACCAGCCCGUCACUACUUAAAAGGCGUAAUAAGUAGUAAUGGCUAUUUUGGAUGCUUAAUGUGUGAAACAAAAGGCAAGUAUUCCCACACUGCGAGAACAAUGAUCUAUACCGACAUUAAUGCUGAGCUGCGCACCAAUGAAAAAUUUAGAUCCGGAGUUUAUACUGACCAUUGCAAGCUGAGUACUGUUUUGAGGAACCUGCCUAUUGAUAUGAUAAAAGACUUUCCUGUUGCAGAUAGUCUCCAUUUAAUAGACCUAGGGAUCACGAAACGUUUUUUAAAUGGUUGGAAAAGUGGAAAUUUGAAUAACCACAAAGCGCGUUGGAGUAUUCAUCAAGCUAACGAAGUUUCAGCCUUCCUUGAGAGAUGCAAGUUGCCAAAGGAGUUUGAUAGACCAGUUCGGGGUUUGAGUGAUUUGGCACACUGGAAGGGAACCGAGUACAGAACAUUCAUGUUAUACCUGAGUAUUGUUGUGGUAAAAAAAUUUUUUGUUGACCCCAAAAUUAGCCAACAUUUCUUGCUAUUUUAUUGUGCAGUUGUUAUCUGCAUGAGGCACGAUCAAUGCGAAGAAAGUUAUAAGGUAGCGGAGUUAAUGUUCAAAGACUUUUUGAUCAAUUUUAAAGCAUUAUAUGGAAUAGAUCAUUUUUCCAGUAACUUGCAUAAUGUUUGCCAUAUCGUAAAUGACGUAAGAAAAUUUGGACCACUUGACACAUUUUCUGCUUAUGCCUUCGAAUCAAAGUUAUAUUACAUAAAAAGAUUGCUGCGACUUGGAAGAACACCUUUAAGCCAAGUAGCCCGAAGAAUAUCUGAGCGUCAAAGUUCGGGUGUUCUUCACAAGGUGUCUUCAAAAAUAAAAACACCUCAAGUAAAAUAUCCUAUGGAACCUUUUGAAACCAGUAAUUCUUUACUUGCAUCAUUUAUCCUGGCACAAAAAGCAACAAUAUAUAGCCAAGUACAGUUACCAACGUUCAUAUUAGAUUGUAAAAAAAACGAAAAUAGGUGGAUUUUAAAUAAAUCAUUCCAAAUAGUAUAUGUAAAGUACAUUAUAAAAACUUUUGCAGAAAAUCCGGAUCUUUACUUGUAUGGUCCACCGUUAUCAAAGAUAAGUGAUUAUUUUGAAUAUCCAAUGCGUUCUUCUGAACUUAAUAUUUACCAAUCUGAUUGCAUUAUGGAUUCACCUAUUUUCGUUUCCGUAUCGGACAUUUAUUGUAAGCUUGUAAGAGUUGAAUAUAACUUAGAAAAAUCUGUUUUUAUACCUUUGCUCCAUACAAUUGAAGAAAAACAAUAAACGUUAAUUAUUUUUUAUGUUUUGCAUUUAUUUUUGAACAAAAACAAAAUAUUUCUUAAAAUAAAGUUUAUAAAUUAAAGUUUAUAA